AUGUUUCGUUUUGACGCAGUAAAUUUUCAACGUAUUCCAAAUGUGUUUGAAUACGAAGGAUAUCGUCGUCCGAUGAAGAAGACUAACGUAAUGCGGACGACCGAUGAAAUGGAUAUUGCCGAUGCUGAAUUAGAUCGUCUCUCGCAUACACUAGAUAUCGAAGAUGAAGAAGAGCACAUUGCAGAACCAGCACCUGUAGAUCGCCACCGAAGACAAGUACCGAACUACAUGCAAGCCAAUAACGGACCACUAGGAAAACCGCAGUUUUCAGUCCAAGGAGCUGGCAGUGCUCAGAACGGACGUAACUGGAAUUUUGGCGGGCAGGUGGGCGCUAGUGCCAAGGUCUGGGAAAGCCAGAACAGACGACAUUCGGUCGGCGUUGGAGGCACCUAUGGACAGUCAUUUGGCAAAUACGAGGUAGCGGAGUAG